GAUAAGUUUGGCGAGCGAAUCGAGGCCGCGACACGGGAGCGCGAUCUACGGCGGUGAAACUUGAGCGAGCUUUUUUUAAUUGUUAUUUGGGAGUGCAGCAACUGGUUGCUGAUAAAAUCCUGCUAGUUUGGAUCCGUGAUUUGUUUUAGUUCGUCAAUUUGCGUGUAAAAACGGUCCUAGUUAGAGGUUGAAAAGCAAGUUAAAUCUUUAGAGGAAUUUCGAGUUUUUUUUCCUCAUCUCGAACGGUAGGUUUUAACUCGUAAAAGCUAAUGUGGAAGAACAACAGAAAAGAGAGGUGGUUGUGCGGUCGGUUUACGUGUGUGGAAUUUCUCGUAAAUAAGAAUGUAACUAGUUUUAUCUAGCAAAGAAGAGCUUCUUCCUCAUCUCCAAGCCUGGUUUAUCUGUGUUGCUUUUGGGCUCAUGGUUGAGGCGUAUAAGCAAGUGGGACGCGCAUGGGGUGAACGGAGGAGCAAAGCUCACCAAUGACCUCCCCCCGAAAGAAGAAGGAACAUCAACACACAACGGCGAGAGGCUGGAAAAGUUAACACACAUACUCUCCAAGCUCGCAACAUCAUCAUCAUCGCCGAGUGGCGCGCGUUCGGUCUGAUCUUCAGUGAGUGAGUGCGCGAGAGAAAACGGGCCAUUUCUGUAAAAAUUGUCGACGUCACUUAAUCCGAAUAUGAGCAGACCCCUCAAUGGUGCUGGAGGGCUGUUGUGCGAAAAGUCACACGCGAAAAAGUUAAAAGUUAAUUUGGCAAACCAAAGGAAAAUUGUCCCACAAAUCGUUUAUUCAGUGUAUCAGUGAUCAGCGUGAUUUGCAACGAGGUGGAAAGUGUGACUCACUUUGCGAAACACACAACUCGUCGUCGUCACCAAUUCCCGAUGGAUUUCCAGACUACAACCAUUCCUAAAUGAGAGAUACCUAAUAGGUACCAAAGGGUGUGAUUUGCGUUCGAAGAAAAAUGUAAGGAAAAUAUUUUACCGAUGAUUAAUCGUGAAUUUUGCUGUAGUGAGAACGUGUCGCACAGUAAAAUAAGCAUAUUUUAAUUACGCUAAACCACAUCGGUUUUUGUCUGUGUUUGCAGUUUUUUUGCCUUUUCCAAAAGUAGCAUAAGUUUCGUGCGGGCACCUUUUGCUGAGAAUUACCGAAAAGGAAACCAAAUGUUAUGAAAUUUUGGUGUGCAUCCACGUCAAGUUGCUCAACGGCAAGAAGUGUUGUGUUGUGUUUUUGUUUUCCGACGAAUUCCGUAUCGUGGUGUUGGUGUUUACGUCUGCUGGAGGCAGCAGAAGCCUUUACGUGCAUUGAGUGUGAAUUAACACCGAACAACGAGAGUGUAAUCGAAACUAAUUGAAUGACGAUUGGUGGUGUGUUGGGCUUGAAAUAAUCACCACUGCAACUACUCUAUACAGCUGGCGAGUUGGGAAACGCCGUUCAAGAUGCAUUCGUCAUCGCAGUUGAACAGCAAGCUAGAGAAAGGCUGCAGCGGUUGUCAGCCCUCAAACGGAUCACACCAGUGGACAUGUCCCAACUUUCUAUAAAGCUGAAUCAGCAAAGUCAAGCAAAAGGAGGUACUACACAAGAUCUAAGUUUCCUGAAGGAAGCCUCGCCAAUAUACGUAACGUCACUUUCGAGCAACACCGUUUCCGUAACCAACACCAGCACAACGGUAACGGCAGGAACGAAGUCGAACUGCUCAGCUGGGUCCAAUUUACAAAACACUGCAACCAAUAACAAUAACACGGUGAAACAAAUAGGUAAUGUAACAGCAACCACCGCGUUGACCGCUCUCACCGCAACUAAUCCGGUGGCUGGGUCAACAGCAGCAGCUGUGGCGAAAACUGCUCAAAAUGUGAUCAACUCCAACGUCGGCCCAAAGCCAACCACUAAUCAAAUCCAAUCAGCUGCACCUCUGUCCUCCAACGUCAGUAUCUACACGAAUGUUGGUUCCUCGUCGGCGUCCGCCCGUUUGCCGAAUGCCUCCUCCGCCGUCGUGACACCUAACGUAGCAUCGACGUCCACGUUCCGUGGCACACCGGCAGGGGCCGCAGGGACCAUACUCAAACCUAACGAACAGCAACAAUUCAAUCUGAAUAACAACACUAACGCCAUCAACAACAAUAUUGUUAACCUGAACCAUAGUCUCCUAAACAACAACAGCAUUAAUAGCAAUAUAAGUAAAACUGGUGCUGGUAGCAGUUCUUGUGGUAGUUAUUACAGUAAUCUAACGAAUCCGAUCAUUACGAACGGUCACGGUCCCAAGCGAGAGCUGGCCACACUCUCCGAGGGUGAACUCGAGCCACAGGAGGAGCCGUAUGAGACGAGCAGUAACAUAUCAAGGGGAGGCACCGAAGUACUACUAGGCGACCAAAGCUUACGACAAGGAAAUCAGGUGCGCCGUCGUUCCCGCUCGAGCAUUGUUGCGUUGGGCGACGAUGAUAGCCUGAAGCCUGGCCUGCCCGUUGAUGACUAUCAGGAGGAGUUUAAAAUGUACAAUAUGAUUUCAACGAAUCAGGACAACGGACCACAUCAGGAGAGGGCAGUCGAUGUACCUGAAUCAUUUAUUGCGCGCAACAAAACACCACCACGAUAUCCACCACCACGCAGCACAACACAGCAGCUCAAUGGGUCUGUAAAACCGAUUCCACCCCCACGCGAUCAUCUGCGAAUCGAGAAGGAUGGCCGGCUGACGAAUCGAGCGCCCGUUCCGGCUCCCCAGGUUCCGGACCGGAAGCUCGUGCCCGUGACACCACCCCAGCUUCCACACGUGGCCCAGGUGGUGGAACCCACGCCCGACCAGCUGGACAGCAUCAAAAAGUUCCAGGAACAACUCCGCCGUCGACGAGAGGAGGAGGAGCGAAUAGCCGCCCAGAAUGACUUUCUGCGGAACAGCCUGCGUGGCUCCCAGCGGCUGCGAGCACUGCAAGAUAAUCCGGUCGCGGCGGACAAGCCCGCCAUCGGCGUGGACAACGAGGCGUACGCUGAUGACGAGGAGCCGGAAAAGAUCAUCGGAUACGCUGAGCUGGUGUCGGCACUGCAGCGAUUGCAGGGUCACCUCAACAAGCACGGAUUGGCCGCCCUCGCUGGCAGAGUUACGGCCGCCCAGAGUCUGCUGCUUGGGCCGGGUAUAGCGCGUGCCCUCGCCGCACGUACGGCCGUCCUCGAAAGGCGGCGACCCAAAGUACAGAACCCCAUUUGCUCAAAUGCUCAGGCACUGGUCAAGGACUGUGUCGAAUCCCUGGCGCAAUCCAGUUCGCCGGCCGCAAUUGAAUUGUGUGAUCUACUGUCGACGUACGAGAUGGAGGGGUUGCUGCUGGCGCAUGAUCGUAUCGCGUCCACCACCGACCGGACACCGGCGUUCGGCGUUAGUGCGGCCAGCGGUGCAAGUCCCGUGGUUCCAUUGCCAUUGAACAAUAACAAUACAAUGGCCGGGGUGGUGGCCACUCCGGUCAAACCGACGUCAGUUAUGCCAUCAAUUCCAAAUAACACUAGCUUAGUGAACAACAAUAACAAUAAUAUAGCCAAGCGCGAACCUAUGAGCGUUCCACUGGGUGUGUUACGGGACGGCAGUCAGGACCACAUUAGGAUAAUACAGAUCGAGAAAUCUUCGGAACCACUGGGAGCGACCGUUCGCAACGAGGGUGAGGCCGUGGUCGUUGGCCGGGUGGUGCGUGGUGGAGCUGCUGAAAAGUCCGGAUUGCUGCACGAGGGUGAUGAGCUGCUCGAGGUCAAUGGGAUCGAAAUGCGUGGUAAAUCCGUUAACGACGUUUGUGCCCUGCUUGGAGCCAUGAGUGGAACGUUGACGUUCCUCGUGGUGACCGCCGGGAUGCCACCGAUGGUUCCGGGAAUGCGCGAUCCUCCGGUGCUGCAUGUGCGAGCCCAUUUCGACUAUGAUCCCGAGGACGAUCUGUAUAUUCCGUGUCGUGAGCUGGGCAUCAGCUUCCAAAAAGGAGACGUUCUGCAUGUGAUAUCUCGCGAUGAUCCAAACUGGUGGCAAGCAUACCGCGAGGGCGAACAGGACCAAACUCUCGCCGGUCUUAUACCGAGUCAGUCGUUCCAACACCAACGAGAAUCGAUGAAGCUUGCGAUCGCCGGUGAGGUUGGACUCCGAACGAGGAAAGACGCCAACGGAAAAGCGGGCGGUUCGACGCUUCUGUGUGCUCGCAAGGGCCGGAAAAAGAAGAAGAAGCCUAGCAGCGAACACGGUUACCCGUUGUACGCAACGGCAACCGCCGAAGAUCCGGAUCCGGAGGAGAUUCUCACCUACGAGGAAGUCGCCCUGUACUAUCCACGUGCAUCCCACAAACGACCAAUUGUGCUGAUUGGUCCACCCAACAUAGGGCGGCACGAGCUGCGGCAACGACUGAUGGCCGACUCCGAACGAUUUGCAGCUGCCAUACCUCAUACUUCAAGGCCCCAGCGCGAAGGUGAAAUACCCGGACAAGACUAUCACUUUAUCUCAAGGCAACAGUUUGAAUCAGAUAUACUCGCGAGAAAGUUUGUCGAGCACGGCGAAUACGAAAAGGCGUAUUACGGUACUUCUCUGGAAGCCAUCCGUGCCGUUGUGGCCAGUGGAAAGAUUUGCGUACUGAACCUGCACCCGCAGAGCCUAAAGCUGCUGCGAUCAUCCGAUCUGAAGCCCUACACCGUGCUGGUUGCGCCACCCAGUUUGGAGAAGCUUCGCCAGAAGCGAAUACGAACGGGUGAACCGUACAAGGAGGAGGAACUGAAGGAAAUCAUCGCCACGGCACGUGACAUGGAGGCGCGGUGGGGCCACUUGUUCGACAUGAUCAUCAUCAACAAUGAUACCGAGCGGGCCUACCAUCAACUGCUGGCCGAAAUCAACUCCCUCGAGCGGGAACCACAAUGGGUGCCAAGUAGCUGGCUACACAACUAACAACUUUACUCAAGUCAGCGAUACGUUUUCUACACAUAAUUCUUUUUCGUUGUUUGUAAAGAAAGAAAAAACCUUUUAUCCUUUAAGUCUGAUAUACUGAUUAGUGAGCAUGGAAGGUAAAUUAACGUAAUUUAUGUAAGUAGACAUCCCCAACAUAUUCCCCAUACAAUUGAGAAGGAAACUGCUUCCUUGCAUUGCUUGGUUCAGUUGGGGUGAUUAAAAUGCUGCAAAUCAAAACAUGUUAAGGAAGACGCAAAUAAAGAAACCCCAAUUAAUAGUUAUGAUAAGAAACGUUGUUAUUUUCGUUUUUGAAACAGAGUAUAGAAAGUUUAUUUUAUAUUUAGAAUUAUUGUCUGUAUAAAGUACGUAGAACCAUUGUUUUAUAUGUAAAUUUUAUUUAUCUGUCCAUAUAUUUGUACAAUUAUUGAGAGAAAAACUGAACACAAUAAAAGCAAUUUCUAAAUGUCAAAUAAAUUUAGCAAAACAAAAUAGUCAAACACAGAAAAACCCCUUACAUGAAAUUCAAUAAUCUAAAACAAAAAUCAUUACACAAUAUUCACUCUUAACAAAAGUCGAAAAAAAAGCGCGAAGUAUUCUAUAAUCAAGUUCGCAAAAAUAUAUGAGAGCAUACAAAAAUAUUCGUGUUCACAACUUACUCUAGAAGAACAAAAGAACAACAUAAUAGCCGUAACUAGCAGUAACAAAUUGAGAAAACAACAGAAGGAACAUAGUGAAACUAAAAAAAAACACACACAAAAUCCAGCUUAAUUCAUCCACAAAAAGGGUUUAAAUCGAUAUUUUUGAUACGUAUUCAAGUAACGUCGAAGAUCGUUUGCAGUUAGCUGCCGAUUAGUUUGCGACAUUAAAGAAAAACAUUCUCUCCGGUCCGAUAAAACCGCCUUCGAACGUGAAAAAAAAAAACAACAUAAAAACAAAAAAAAAAUUAUUACGCUCAAUAUUAUGCAUGUAUAGUCGUAAUAACGAAUAAUAAACCACCAGAAAGUCAGAAAAAUGAUGAUAACCUGAAAAAUGUGA